CGGGUUGACUCUGCACUUGACAAGACGACUUCGAUAACGUCCAAGAAGAUCCUCGUUAGGGUACUGUUGAGAGGACGAAAAUCCCAAGGGGCCAAGUCUGCUAUAUAUAAACCGUGCAGGGACCUGUAUCUCACACGGUGUGGCGUUGUGCUUCCGCUUCACCAUGCCUUCUCCUUCGUCGACGGCCAUUCUCCUGCUGGGGACGCUCCUAGCCGCUGGAAAUGCAGUACCGUUCCCUCGAGACCUCCCAAGAUGUUCCCAAGAGUGUCCAUUAGCUGGAUCGCAGAAGCUUUGGUACUCCCCAGAGAAGACCUACACCUACCAUUACUCAACGCACUCAAGGGUUCACAUGGGGAAUGCUGAAGGUGGCGACUCUCAGAUGCACUGGACUGCUCUCGUGGACCUAACGUGGCUGGGGCCUUGCGAUAUGGCUAUCACCUUCCGAGAGCCGUCCUUUGACGGCGCAACUGGAACCCAUGAGGGCAGGUCCCUGACUCGUUAUCCAAUGGUUGUAGCCAUGAACGAUGGGCGGGUUCAACACGUGUGUACUCACCCAGGAGAUGAACCCUGGGCCAUUAACCUCAAAAGGGGUGUUGCAAGUGCUUUCCAGAACAAUUUACCUUCAAACUCCUCUGGCAAUUCUGGAUUAAGCUUCUCCGAGGUUGACGUAAUAGGAACCUGCCCAACAAAGUAUGAAGUCGAGAAUUUUGACCAGCGAAUAGUAGUUCACAAGUGGAAAAAUCCCCAGCAAUGCCAAGAAAGUUACUCGACUCAAAGAGACACACCCAUGUCUUGGAUGAUGUCUCCUGAAGUGCAAGAAUCCUCAUGCAAAUGCACCCAGGAAAUGUCAAAGGGCAUCUACACUUCAGUUACAUGUGAAGAUAGGAAUGUCAUGAGGCCACGGUCACAGUCCAGCAAAUAUAUUGAAGCUGUACAGCGGUCCGAACUCAAGUACCAGUCUGAAUCUAGAGAUGCUCCUGAAGCCCUCUCAGGGUUGGGGGGAGCAUUGGUUCGAAGGGGUAUACAAUAUGAGCAUGAAACAUCUGACAAAGAUUCAUCAAAAGUUCUUGAACUAGAACAAGUCUGGAAACAGAUUUGUGAAAAAACGAGGCAUUCUGUUGAAAAAGAUACGGCUGAAUCUUUAGCAAAUGCAAUCAGUCUCAUGCGCCAUGUUCCUAAGGAUGCGAUGGAACAAAUGCUACGGAAAAUAAGAAAUGGAGAAAUGUGUAGCAAUCGCCAAAAAAUGGAGAGCCUCUUCUUAGAUGCUGUAGCUGCUGUUCAUGAAUCCAAUACAGUCGACCUCAUGGUAAGAGAAAUUAUGAGUGACCGCAGAGGAGGUAGAUCAUUCCUUUACACUUUAGCUCUUCACCAUAUACGCCAACCCUCUAUUCAGUCAGUAGAAGCAGUAAAGCCUUUGUUGGAACAACCCCACAGAUAUCCAAUGGCUAGUCUUGCAGCUGCAUCUAUGGUCAAUAGAUAUUGCAAGAAUCACCACCGUUGCCAGGAAGAGAUUCCUGUCCAGGAGGCUAUUGAGGCUCUGACUCGUAGCUGUUAUCAUCAUUGUUCUUCUGCUGGUUCCGAGGAGGCUUGCCUCUCAUCCCUGAAAGCUCGUGGCAAUUUGGGGGUAAUGAGCUUGGAAGAUGCGCACAGAAUGGCUGAUCUCAUUGGGAGGGAAGGCACACCUGAUGCCAUACAGGCUGCUGUUGCACACUCACUCAGAAAUGUCAAAUGCGAUUGUGUGCCAACGGGAAAACUUGUCGAUAUUGCCCUUGAUCCAAGGAGGAAAACUGAGACACGUAUUACCUCCUAUCUGGCUGCUGAGAGAUGCGCUGGAGAAGGAGACUGGAGGAGGAUUUCUGAUAGAUUGUCUGGGGAAGAAAAUACACAAGCUCGAGGAUUUAUCCUGAGCCACAUGCAUAACCUCAAAAGAUCCUCUGCGCCACACAAGGAAAGACAACGCUCCAUGCUUUCCAGCAUCACUGUACCCAGGAACUUCUCUUCUGAUAUCAGGAAGUAUUCAGGGAACAUGGAGCUCUUCUAUCACCCCCACCAUCAUGGUUAUGGCAUCAACAUGGAGUCAGAUGUUAUCUUUGCCCCAGCAUCAUUUGUACCACGCUCAGUUCACAUGAACUUUACCGACUCAUCAGGUGGUUACCCAUACAACUAUGGAGAGGUUGGUAUCCGAACAGAAGGUUUUGAGCCAAAGGUAAGAGACAUGUUUGGACCUGAGGGAUAUUUCAAGAGGUCCUCAAUGGACCAAGUGUUUAUGGACUUACUGGAAUAUAUGCGACACAGAGGAAGUCAUUUAUUGCAAUACUUCCAAGGAAGCCAUGGAAGAAGAGGUUCGGCAGAUUUCGCAGAUUUUGCCACUUUCUUCACGGACCUUUUUGCACGCCAUUCUGAGAAAGAACCUAGACUUGACCUCUUUGCUCGAUUUAGAGGUCAGGAAGUGGCCUACAUGACCCUGACACGGAAAUCACUUCAAGAUGCAGGCGAUGGCAGUUUUCUUGACUCUUUGCUAGAUGCAUUAUUUAGAGAACCAAAAUUUGACAUUGACACAGCCAGGACAAUGCAAGUGGAUCAUGAAUACACUCUUAUGUCAUGUUUCGGUGUACCUUUCAAGGUGAAAAAAACUGCAACUCUUGUAGCUGGAUUAUCUAUGGGUCAUUGGCCAGACAGCUCAGAAAGGGAAUCAGCCACCAGUAGGAAAUUCAAUCCAAGUUUCUCAGGUCUUAUUCAAGAAUAUUAUGGUUUUGACUCAUCCAUGGGAUCUUGUGGCUGCCAGAGAAAUACCAAAAUAUCUAGCUUUAGUGGCCUUUCUCUAAGACAUAAAGGUGGACAAAAGUUUGAGUAUGAAUUCGACAUCCCAGAUAAGAUGGAACUGCUUGAUGUUAACUCCCACACCUCAUUUACAAAACGUUCCAGAUGGCAUCCUAUGAGCCAAGUCAGUUUAUUUGAAACAAGAAGACCUGAAGAGCAACGUCAACACUGUUUCCAAACUUUGGAACAGAUGAGUGGUUUAAAGGUUUGUUACGAUGAAAAUAUCAUGGAAGUUCUUAGACGUGAUGGCUUCUCACAUGACUGGGCCAAUGCUGGCAAAAUCACUGCUGAAAAAUCAGAUAGCUCGAUAAGAGGUUGGAAAAUCAGGGGUGAAAUUCAGAACAACCCUGGUAUGAAUGCAAUAGCAAUUGAUAUGGAAACUGCAGGGUCAUAUACACCCAGAAAUAUCAAUUGCCUUUUCACUUAUGCAAGAGAUGAAAGUUCAUGGAAGAUGGAUGCUGGUGUAUCAUCCAGGCACCAUGGAGGAUACAAAAUGGAACUGAAAAGGAGGUAUUCUGGUGCUGAAAACAAUAUGGAGUUUAGAGUUCAUAGCAGCGGAAGUCAACACUUCUCUCCUGAAACAGAGGUCUUUGAAGCUAUGUUCUCAUCUAGAUAUGAUGGUCAGACGUCUGAAGUUCACGCUCGCUCACAAACUAAACAUACACUGAAGCCAUACCUUGAUCACUAUUUCGAAGUACAAGGCAAUCUGGAGUAUCAUCCACACACUGGAUUCCCUCGUCCAAGGCGCCUCCAGAUGUUCAGAACGAGAACAGCAUUUGGAGAUUCGAGAUUUGAUUCUUCUGUUGAGAGGACUGGUGAAGGGGAAUAUACUUUGUUGUUAAAGUUUGGAUCGAGGAGCAGAGACACAUUUGGCAUAGAAGGCAAACAUCAUUUCGAAGGAAGUUGGGAUGAAGGAUUCACUACAAAAACCACUGCCUUAGCUAAAAUCAGAGGCCACCAGUACAAGACAGCAUUCUAUACACACAACCGGCCAGAAAAGAAAGGCGUCUCUCUCAUGAUCAAUCGUCAUGGCGAUGGUUCCAAGAUUUGUGAAUGCGAGGCUCUCUUCGAAAAUUCAGGACAUUCACGGAAAGCUAAACUUCAGUUAGACGUCCCUGAACAUAUGAAUCCUAUCAAGUUUGAAAGUCAACUGCAAGAUCAUGGAAGCCACCGUUAUCACAUUCAAGCAGCACUUAAACAUGGAAGGCAAGACGUUUUCCAUGUUGAUGGACCUGUUACAGCAAACUCCAAUCGCGAUACAAGACAUUUCCAAGCUGAUUUGAGAAUUACGACUAUGCCUGACAACGUUCACAAGAUUUCAACUCUUCUGCUUUGGGAAGACAAGAAGAAGCACGUGUCAUUUGAUGUCAGAGACCAACAUACACCAAAAUUCUCCUUUGAAUGGAAGAAGUAUUCUGAAGCUGGCGAGGAGACCAGAGGUGGACUGAGUCUGUUACUUCCAGGGUACAUUGAUCACAAAGUUGAUAUCAAGAGUAGUAACAGGAACAUCCUGGUAGAUUUGAACACCGUACUCUCACAGGGUACCAGCUCUUCUCGUCGAUUAAAAGCAUCCUGUGAUGUUGAUUUUCAAGAUAUGAACACCAACGUAGAGGUUUACUGGGAUGCUGACCGCGACCCAAGUAAAAGAGCAUCCUUUGAAGCAACCACUCUCAGAGAAUCCCCCCAUCAUGCUUCCAUCCAUGGUCAGUGUUCUUUCUGUGGAGAUACUUACUACUACAGAGGUGAAAUGAAGCGUUCUGGAUCUGACAGUUGGCUUUACGGUAAGAAACACGUCAACUUUGAAGUUACCACUCCAUCUCGAAGAACUCACCAUUUCCAGACUGAAGUGGAUCUUAGACAGCAACCACAUGGUGCAAAGUUGGAUGCCAGUGUGAGAUACAAAGAUCCUGAAGACAAAGUGCAUCAUUAUAGUGAAACUAUGGAUUUUGAACGAGUGUGGAGAUCCUCUAACUUCAGAGUACACUCCCAGACUACAGUCACAAGUCCUGAGUGUCACCAGUGUUCUGUGACUUUUGAGGCAAGACAUGAACAGAAUCCGGAGGAAAGAGAAGCUUUUGUGCAGCUCAGGAUUGAAAAUCCAUCAAUGAGAAGACCUUUCCAAACUUCCUUCACUCUGCGACAUCAGCACAAUUCCUACAAAGGCGAAUGGAAGAUGGAUGCUGAUACUCCUGCAGAUGUGAGCCAUUAUGAAAUGAGAUUCUCUCCCAGAAAUCGAGUUGAAACACUGAAAGCUGGCUUCGAUAUGAAGAAAAUAAAUGCAAUUCUAAAAGCCGCUAGAAAUAUGGGCAGAAUUCAACCAGGAAGCGAAAGUACAGAUGGAAAUGGUAAAUAUUUGGUCCAUUAUGAGAAACCAACACAUUCAUCUCACAAGAUUCUCAUGCAUUCUCCAACCCGAAAAAUGGAAGGUGAAUUCAGGCACUCCCCAUCAGAAUGCCUUCUCAGAUUCAAUCCAGACAAAGACAGAAGGGAUCCCAUAUAUGAACUCUCUUUCAGUAGCCAGAGAAGCUCUGGUUUAGGGGAGGACCAAGUCAGAUACAAAGGACGAUUUAGCCAUCCUUCAUUAAGAAGAGCAAGAGAGAUGGAAGUCCUUCUCACUCGCCAUGAAGAGAGACAUCAUGGAACUGGAACCGUAUGGCUAGAUAUUUUCCCACGGGCAGAAGAUAGGAUCACAGGGACGAUUGAAACCACCAGACCAGCCAGAGAUGCCAUGAAAAUUGAAGCCAAAUUCUCUGGAAAGAUAUUCAAAGAUAAUCCCAGAAUCAUCGUCAAUACAGCUUAUACCCCUAAUACAAUGGGAAUUGACUUCCAUUAUGAAAAAUCUCCUGGCUCAAGACCCUCCCUUUCAUUCUCUGGAAAGUAUGACCAUACUAGUGGAAGAGAUGCUGCCAUGAACUUCAUUGUCAAGGCAGAAGAUGAACCUGUCCUAGAAAUCUCUGGGUCCUCCAGGCCAGAGCAGAGUUCUGAAUGCAACGGAAGGGAAAUCACAGGAGUAAUACAUUCGCCAAGGAUGGGCCGCUACAAUAUUCUAUCACAAGUGUGUGGCGGAACCUUCAUGAGUACUUGGGUAAACAGAGAGGGCAGUCACAAAUCCUACAUCUGCAGGGGAGGCCUUCAAGGCAUGAGAAAUAUUGAGCUCAGUGCCUGGGGAAGGAAUGAAGAGACCAGAGAAAUCAGGCCUAUUGCUGUUGCCCAAGUAAAGCUUCAGUCACCAACUGUCAUGGGCUUUGAAAUGAAUUAUCAACAUGAAGAAGCAAUGAACUUAUGGAAAUCUGCUCAUGAGAAAUGGUCCACAAUUUCUGCCUCUGUGAGAUCUGGUAUAGAGAGGAUGCGCAAGGAAGCAAUCAAUGAGGAACAUUCCUACGAUUCUUCAGAUAUGGUCAACCUGUGGAAGGAAACAAAAGACGAAGCCUGGAAAAUUGCUCACACUCUCCCAUUUGGUAGUCUGUUGCCAGCCUGGGAAACAGUUCAUCACGUAGCUAGACAUCACUUUGUUCAAAAUUUUGUUGAUUUCUUGUCCAGAUAUGAUCACUUCAAGAAGCAAAUGAAUUCUGACAUGCUCAACCUGAUGCGUCACAUGAGGGAAAAAUAUGAGACCUUGAAUUCUUAUGUUGGUGGAGAUGCUCUAACCAGAGGAAGGCACAUGAUGGGCAGCCUGCUUUUAAUUGCAUCUAGAAUGGCUGAUAACUGGGGUGUGAGAUUCCCAGAUGAAUACGAAGCUCUGAGAAAGAUUGUCGAGAAGCUUAAAGAGGAAAUUGAACGAGCACAAAGAGAAGGUCACUUAAACCCUAAGGGUCUGUCAGAUCAGGAUGUUCUUCGAAUCUGGCAUCGCAUAGAAUCAGGUGAAGUGGGAUACCAGGCCGGAGACACUGACCAGAGAUCUGAAUACUUCUCUCUCAUGAUGAAGCCAAAUCACAUAAAAGCUGACAUUCCAUUAUACCAACCUGUCAGCUCUCUUGCUCAGGCAGGAAAACACAUGAUGUUCAGACCAAAUCUCGUCCCAGAAAAUGUCCUCAGCUCAUACGAGUGGCUGAUCCUUCCAUUUAUUGAUCUAUGGACAAAUCCUAGAUAUUCCAAAGCAAACAGGAGAGGUUCUGGCCUUCUGCCUCCUUUUAAAAAGACAGCUAUGGUCAUUGAUGGCACAGAAAUCCUAACCUUUGAUGGGGCUGUGCUCAGAGCUCCACGCUGUGAUUGUAAUGUUCUUUUAGCCAACUACAAAGACACUUCUGUAAUCAUGAAAGCCUCCCAUACUUAUCCCUUGCCAUACGUUUACAUUAAAACCAAAGAUGACACCAUCACUAUUGAGCAUCAUGGCAGAGUAACUCUCAAUGGUAGAGAAAUCAAUGAGCAACAGUUCACUGAAGGAGAGAUCAAAAUCUCAAAGACUGAAGAUUUCGUUGAGGUUGUACUACCGGUUAUGACUCUUCGUUUUGACCUGUUGGGCAAUACAAUAUCCGUUGAAGUAAAUCCUUGGACAUUUGGUCAAGUAUCGGGUCUACUAGGAAGUUAUGAUGGCGAAAAGGCUAAUGACUGGAACACUCCACGCGGAUCUCGGGCUUCCAGUCUUCAAGAGCUCGUGAAUUCUUGGCAAGAGGAUCAGGGAUGCCAAACACCAGAAGUAGAGCCUAUGAGUGCUAGUCAUGUUUCACCCAUGAAAACUCUCCAAUGCAGUAUUCUUUUAGGGGUCCAUACACACUGCAACUCUGAGGUUCCACUGGACUCGUUUAUGAAGAUAUGUCAUGCUUGUGACAAUGCCUGCCACGCAGCAAGGGCCUACCAGUCCCUUUGCUAUAAAAGGGGUUCCAGAGAACCUUUACCGGUAACUUGUUAGGCUAUGUUACCUCUUUUCAGGCUCAGGCUGAACUCUUUGAUGUGUUUUAUUCCUGCUUGAUGACCAUAUAUUUCAAUAGAUAAAAACAUCUAUAUUUGUAAUGAUUUUAAUCUUGCAUGCUUAAAAAGUGAUGAAGUCAUAGAA